AUGAGGAACGAUCGUUAUCAAAGGCGGAUAGCGGAGAAUCGUGCCCGUAGUGGAGUUGAGGGAGAGCAGCAGCGCAGGGAAGAGGAUCAGGUGGCUGAGCUGGUCCGGGCGGCGCGGCUGCACCCACUCCUCGGAGCGAGCGCCGACCAUGAUGGCGCUGUUGUUACGGGGCAGGAUGGGGUCCGGGGGGAGGUGAUGCCAGCUCCGGAGUUGUCCACGGGGGGUGUUCGACGCGCUAGGGCGGCUGGUGUGGACAACAAUAAUUGGAACACCUACAGUGAUACAGUUCCCGUCUACAGCGUCGGUGUAAACACCUGGGCAAAUGAGGACGAGGUUGUGCCCUUUAGUGCGCUGUACAACCAUAUAGCUGAGCGUAUUACUGAUCCAAACGCGACGGGAGCCCUGGGCGCGCUGGUGAAGGGCUCGACUAUGAAAGACUCGGCUAGCGUCAUUACCAUGGUCAAACAUAUGCAGCGGGGAAACGGGUCGUACCGCGAUGAGGCACCACUAGUACGCGCAUACAACAUGCUGAACGCCACAGCCGCCACCGGUAGCCCCCCGGACCCGAUAGUAUACAAAUGGAUGCGCAACUUUGUGCCGGUGGGACCGGUUCAACUGGAGAAUCUUCGGGGGCAGCCUGUGGGGGGCUCUGUUAUUGCGGUCCCACACGAUAUGUUCACCGAGUAUGCGUUUCUCAACUUUAACACUCCUUUCCCCGGGAUCGGGACGGGGAUAAACGUGUUUUCACUCGACAGUAUGGAUGAGACUUGGGUUACGGUCCAAAUGUUGUUAUUCGGAACUUGUAUAUAUGCGCUUUAUCUUGAAAAUGUCGUAAGCGAGAUUCAGGCAUCUGUCAAUUAUCUUGCGUUGUAUGAUGGCUACCCGCCACAUCACUCCCCUCCGAGACUGGAGGUCGUGUCAUUUCUAGUUAGCGUUGUCCGUGCUGAGAUUAGCUUGCAAGUGCCAGUGCUGCUCGAAGUUUGCGGUGAGUCGAAACUGAGCUUGAAUACUGCGUGAUUGUCGCCAGUGCUGCUCGAAGUCUGCGGUGAGUCGAGACUGAGCUUGAAUGCUGCGCGAUGAGGCAGUGUAGGUGCGUGCCGUAGGGCCAGGAAGCGCGGUGAGUCGGCUGCGAUGGUCCUGUUGAGGCUGCGAUGCUGGCUUGCUAUGGGACGACUGUCGAUGACUUGCUUUUAUCUGCGAGAAUGCGGGGAUUGUGGUAGCCGAAGUUCUUGAUGCGCUGAUGAUGAAUCAGAAGGUUGCGAUUAUCACGUCGGGGUCACCAGUUUGGGGAGAUAUACGACAACGGGAAGAUCUUCCACCGAGCGGGUGAUAUUGCUCGGUAGACCGACGGUCCAAAUGUUGUUAUUCGGAACUUGUAUAUAUGCGCUUUAUCUUGAAAAUGUCGUAAGCGAGAUUCAGGCAUCUGUCAAUUAUCUAACAGAAUUUCUCAUAAGUGUCAACAUUAAGAAUUGCCAGCACACGAACUAAAAUUGAAAAAAAAAAGCGUUUAUAAUGUUGUUGCGUAAUUUAGAAGUGUCAGAAGGACUAUGCAAUAUCAUGGUAACAAGUCUGUGCAUUCACAUAAUAAAGGCAAAAAUGGUUUUUAAUUUUUUUUAUUGCUUAGUUGGGUGGACGAGCUCACAGUCCACCUGAUGUUAAGUGGUUACUGGAGUCCAUAGACAUAUUAUACUGAAAUCUUAAAACUUAUAUCUCAAGGUGCGUGGCGCAUUUACGUUGUAGAUGUCUAUGGGCUCCAGUAACCACUUAACACCAGGUGGGCUGUGAGCUCGUCUACUCAGGUAAGCAAUAAAAAAAAACAACGUGACCACACGGCGAAAACGUCGAGUGCGCGUUUCCACUGACCACAGAGAUACGGAGGUGCAAAUUUUAAAAAUUAAAGUUCCUCCGUUUUCACCCGAGUAUCCAGAAUUGUGUUUCGCCUUGCUGGAAGGUCAAUUCGACAGUCAUAACAUCACUGAUGACGUCCUAAAAUUUAAUAACGUCACCAAUAAUUUAGACCUGCAGUACGCAAAGGCCGUGAAAGAUAUUAUUAUCAAUCCUCCGGCAAAGAACCGUUACGACAAAAUUAAAUCUGAACUGACCGGCAAAGAACCGUUACGACAAAAUUAAAUCUGAGCUGAUAAAGCGUCUUUCCGCAUCACACGAGAAAAGAGUCAGACAAUUGCUCAUUCAUGAAGAACUUGGCGACAGGAAGCCUUCACAGUUCUUGCGCGCGCGUCGUUCGUAAUACGCGCCGAGUCGUAUGUUUCCAAUGCACGAUGUCACACUUAUAUAAUAAAGUGCAGUAUUUAAUGUAUUGAGUAAUCGCUACAAGUGUAACUCCGGUUUCGUGGAAUUAUUUGAAAAUUCAAUGUUGUGAGCUUACCAGGUUUUUUUUUUUUCGGACCGUGGGCCGAUCCUCGUACGAGGUCCCCGCGCCUAGGGGGCGCGCGGGGUUGUGGGACUUGACGCUCUGCAAAGUGUUGGGAGUAGACCGCGGGCCCAAGGAAUUUUAGGGCCCACCCACUAAACGACUCCCCUGCACUCUUCGCCCAAGCGUCCGAUCCCCUCCGAGGUCAGAACCUGGAUGAGGUAGGGGGGUCACCGCGGUCAACACGGCAACCAGACAGCGCGGCUCACCCCAAAAACGCCCAGCCGACGGAGCCUUCGAGGCGAAUCGAAGGCUCUGAAACGUCAGCCGUCUCGGUACGGCAUUCGUCAGGCUGUUCACACGGUGCCGCUGGUGUCCCGGAAUACCCUCCUGGACCAGAACCACCUUGCCGGAUCGGGAGGUGAUACACCGCCAACCGGUUGCUCUUUAGAAUCUCCUUGGCAGCGCGCUGAGUGCUGGUAGCGCGCCGCGCGGACUCUACCCCCUCAGGUCGCCCCUUGACCUUCACCGGGGGGAAGCCGCCACCUACAGGAGUCGGGACGUACGGGCGUUUUCCCUCCUCCGACCCCCGGCUUGACGGCAACGGAUCGGUGCGGAAAGGGAAGAGCUCUCUCUCUCUCGUUCCGCCGCCUCCUUCUGCGAUACGGUGGACUCGCAGAAGUCGAGCAUCGCCCUCCAGGACGCGUCGCUGCCGAGCGUCAUAGCCACGACGCGCGGCAGCGAGAGGUCCUCUCCUACUAGAGCUUGGAACCACUCAACCAUCACUUGUUUUAAAGAGUUCAUGUUAAGAGGUUUAUUUUCUUCCUACUGAUUAGGGGCGUUGUCUAUUACAAUACUCGAAUUAGAUAGUAUAAUGGGUAUCAGUUUGUCAUCAUUCAGCCACUUUGUAAAAUUCUCAGCGUUCACUUGAUCGUGAUAGUCCUCGGUUUUAGUGUCCGCCUUAAACAUUAGAAGUGCAUUACGGUUCCAUUCACAAAACCGAUUUCACUUCCCGCGUGAACUUUAAUCCAUCGGCGACCAGGGCUAUCGUUCCUUCUCACUCCAGUAUCGGUUAGUGUUUGCCAACAUUUUUUUACCGUGUAGUAUGCGUGUAUCCAUGUUUCAUCGAAAUAAAUAACUAGUUUUUUAUUUGUACCUAGCAAGUCAUGCGGCGUAAAUAUUUAGCCCUCCACGCUUGAAUUUGGGGUAUUUCUAUUAGAGCCAGCCUUUUCUGGUCUUUUAAAUUGAUAUCCUAAAUAACUUUUGAUUAUUUUUCUCAACCUUUUUUCGCUACCUGUAUAAUUAAGGUCUGCCUUUGCAGCUGCUAUGAUUUAGCGCAUUUUAGGUUUUUUUUUUCUCACCGUAUACAUAUAGUGAAUUAUAUUUCUUAAUGCUGUUAAAUAAAAUCCGUCGAAAUAUUCCUUUCUACGUCUCGUUGCUUUCGUAGGAGUUUUAAUUUUAUUGCCACUUCCUGUGAUUCAUUCUCACAUCACGCAUUCACAUCUACAGAUUGUAACGGUAAUUGUUACACCCACCGGCAGCCGCAGUGGAGAGAAUGAGAUCUUAACAAAUUUACUCAGGGCGCCUUUUAAAAUAAAAGAAUGAAAUGCAGUCACACACAAAGACAUAGGUAUAUUAAAUUAAAAUACACACGUAUACAAUAAAAUUAAAGGAAUAACCAUAUAAAAAAAAAACUAAAGCUACUUAAACUAGAUUGUUACAACAUUAGGCAUAUAAAAUUAACGGAGGGUAAUUAACAUGUAUGUUCUGCGAUGAAAUAUUAAAUUUUAAAAUUAUACGUAUCUUUUUGGUAAAAUACGGUGAUUCAGCAGUUAGGAUCCUGGAUUUAUUGAUGUUACACCAGUUCCCUCGCGUCAGUCAGAAAGUACUUAGAUCAGGAGAAAAUUCCGGGACGUUACGUACCACGGAGCGUAUUCCAAUUUAUAAGUCACGAUUUACGGGACUAUUGGAACCCUAUAAAGUAUUAAUUAUACACAAUAAGUUUCAUGUUAUGUUACAAAUUACACAUAUGAAUAAUUAAACACUUACCGUUAAUCAAAUCGGGCAUAAAUAAUUAACUUGAAUGUGAAAUAUUCUUAUACAGUUAAAUAAGGAUGUGUACUGUCUUGACCUUUCCUUUAACUAUUUGGCGCGGCUUCUGAAUGAGUCGCUCCGAGCGCAUGCAUGCCUAUAUAAAUAAAAUCGGAACAAAGGCUGAUCCGAUGGAGGGAGCACGCGCCAGAUUGACUUACAACAAAUAUGCAAAUUAGCAAUACGGUGUUACAAGAUUCAUGCUGCAUCGAUGUAAUUUUGUCACUGUAUUUUUUGCAAUGCCUGUAGCACUCGCCACACGUUCCGUCACUUUAGUAGAAUUUUGUAAAAGAUUUAAUAUGUCCGUCACAAGUUGGUUCGAAAUUAAUAUGUCCUCAGCUGUGUCCGAAGCAUUUUAAGGACACACUUCAUAUUUUGAAUCAAUAACUUCCUCCUUAGCGUCCUCUUUCUCUUUAACAAAGUAAUUAUCCGCUUUAAUUAUCAUUUCACGAUCACGGUUUUUAAUUACUUUCUUAAUCAUUUUAACAGAAUAAGUAAAAUAACAAUAACAAAAAUAAUAAAACAGGAGAAUGAAAACAAAAAGCUAUUACAAAUACGUGGUAAGAAAGUAGAGGUAUUCAAUACGCGUAGGCGCUGGCCAACGUUGCGAACGGUACUGACAGUUCGACUACAUCACCAAGAUGGCCGCCAAUCGCAAUAUCAACGUGCGGGGCUUAUAACUCAAGGUUUAGCCAAGCAAUAUUUUUCUGUGAUGAGUUCGACCUUUCCAAUGUAUCUGAAUUUAUCACUAUUAAAUCGAAGAAAUCCCAAAAAAAGAAAAAACUUGUAAAUUGUUUUAAACCAAAGAUCUCGGACAGACAACGUUCGUUGCGCCCGCUGCAGCAGGCUUUGGCGGAUAAUCUUGCAAAUAAAGUAAAUAAGCUUGUAGUGCCUCCUCGCCAAAUUGUACAGACCUCACCAGAGUCUACUUCAGAGAGUCCUUCUAUGACACCACCUGGGACCCCAAUGGCUAACUCUGUUUAUAGAAAAAAAUACACUGAAGAGGAUCUUGGCCCACAUAUGGUCCAUGUUAGAUUGAUCUCAGAUUCAAAUAGUAUUGCAUCAUUGCACAUAAAAUUUGGAAAUCAUCUAAAGAAAAGCAAUCCCGGUAAUAUCUUACAGGAUGGAAUUAAGCGAGUUAUAAUCGCCUUGCAAUAACUUUUAAAACACAUCGUGAUGCCAAUAUUUUCAUGUCUAACAUGUCUAUAAAUCCUUUGUAUAAUGAAGUGAUUCCAACGUAUAAUAUAUGUAAAAUGGGUUUGAUAAAGGACAUUCCCCUGGAGUAGACUCAUGAGGACAUUAUAGACAAUCUGCAGAUCUCAGAAGGCUAUGCAGAAAUUAUCAAAUUCCGUAGAUUAAAUAGGAAGUCUGUCAACUCGGAUGAAACUUCAUGGAUUCCUACUCAAAAUGUGGUCUUGACUUUUGAUGGACAGUUUCUCCGUUUUACAGUGUAUUCCUUUUUUUCAAAUGUUCCAGUUGAAGAGUAUAUUUAUCCAAUGGUACAAUGUUUUGAUUGUUGUCGCUUUGGAUACACUCAUGUUCAAUGCAGGAGCAAACCUAGAUGUAAUAAACAGACUAGCUUGCUAUACUGAGACUUUUUCUUGUGAUAACUGUAGAGGUGAAUAUAUAAACGAAUCUUGCCCUGAGUUUACUAGGCUAACAAAUAUUAAAAAACAUAUAUCUCAAAACCCCAUUUCAUACCAAAAAACCUCUAAAUUGUUUCCUAUUGUAGAGAAAUCAUAUUCACAAAUAACAUCAUCUAUUCCACUAUCUGCCCAAAGUUUAAAUGAUAUAGAUAAUCCAAAUUCUUUCUCUUACAAAAAAAACUGUUAUAAAGAAGCCUAAAGCACCAUUUUAUUGGAUGAGACUCCAGCUAAAGUAGGUAGCGCUUUGCAACCCAACAAGGAAAAGGACACACAGUUGCCACCUUGCGACACACUAAAUAAAUUGUUAUCCACACUUAUAAAAUGUUAUCGCUAAUUCAUAACUACUAGAACACGCUGCUCUUUCACUUAUAAUGCACCGCACAAAACCUGUGCGAUGGUAAUCACGCAAAGGCUAAAGUAUGAUGCACCGCGUUUGAGGAUGAGGGGAAUCGACAUGAGCAUGAGGGGAAUCGACAUUGAAAUGUCAAAGCAAGUAAAAAUAUUAGGACUCACUAUCGCCGCAAGGGCUGACCUUCAGACAGCACGUAGCCAAUGUUUGCAAAAAAGCAUUAGAUAUUUACAAAAAGCUUGCUAGAUCAGCCCGUGUUAGUUCGGGGUUGCAUCCGGAGGUCGUGAGGACCAUUUAUACCGCUGCCGUUGAACCAACGAUACUGUACGCUGCUAGUGCAUGGGCACCAACAGCAAAUAAAUUAGGGGUACAAAAUGUCGUGCAGAGAGGUUUCGCCCAAAAACUGUGCAAAGCCUAUCGUACAGUCUCCCUGAACUCAGCGCUUAUACUAGCUGGGUUGCUCCCUCUCGACCUACGCAUUCGCGAGGUGGCUUCACUAUAUGAAGCCAAGAGGGGGAUACCCCAGCCAUCGCUGGGCGACAGGGAGGUAGAACAGAUGUCUCCAACGAUAGAGGCCCCACACCCUGCAGAGCAAACCAGACUAGAGUUCGAUACCCUGAUAGACGAGGAACAGUACAAUGCCCACAGCAAUUUUGCUGUGCGAAUCUUUACGGACGGCAGCAAGAUUGAGGGUAAAGUUGGAGCGGCGCUAUCCUUGUGGAAUAGAACCACCGAAACUAAAGCCAUCAAGCUCGCGUUGCCGUCCUAUUGCACCGUCUAUCAGGCAGAGCCGUCCUAUUGCACCGUCUAUCAGGCAGAACUCGUAGCUCUAUGGAGGGCGACGGAAAAAGUGGCGAAGAACCGCGAGACCUCUUUCGAUAUCUACAGCGACUCUAUUGCCGCUCUGCAAACGAUCACCAACCUCGGUUCCCCCCACCCCCUAGCUGUGCAAACCAGAGACAUGCUGAGGCGAUGUCGACUCCAGAACAAAAGCGUUAAUUUUUUCUGGAUCAAGGCCCACGCAGGCUUGGAGGGAAACGAGAGAGCUGAUCGUCUCGCAAAAGAAGCGGCCCUAAAGUUAAAGAAAAAGCCGGACUAUGACCAAUGUCUGGUCUCUGACCAAUGUCUGGUCUCUUUCGUCAAGCGUAGUAUCCGCAUGGCUACGCUCGUGGAAUGGAACAGGAGAUACAAGUCUGGUGAGACAGCCUCCGUAACAAAAAUGUUAUUUCCCAAUGCGGUGGCGGCGUACAGAAUCGUCAGAAAAAUGGAAACUACAAGCGUCAUGGCGCAAAUCUUCACGGGCCAUGGUGGGUUUUCCGCAUACUUGAACCGCUUCAAGUGUAAGGAAAAUCCAUCGUGUUUAUGUGAGCCUGGGGUAGGUGAAACGGUUCCGCAUCUCCUCUUGGAAUGUCCUGUUUUUGCAAGAAACCGAUUUGAGAUCGAGCAAAUAUUAAAUACGACAAUGGUUGCUAAAAAUUUACCGGAGUUGACUAAGAGAAAAGAUAAUGAAUUGUUUAUAAGUAUCGUUUAAAAAUAGCAAAUAGAAUAUUAAAUAGAAAUAAGUGAAAGCAAUAUAUAGUAAGUAUAAAUUGUAUAUCAUAAAAAUUGUAUCAGAUAGUUAGACAAAUUGUGUUAGCCUAAGAAAUAUAACCUGAAAAAAAAAAGACCAUUAUGCAAAAAUUGAAACGAUUUAUAAAAAUAGAUGUGUAAGCUUUAGGAUUGUAAGACUACGCAAAAAUUAAGUAAAAACUCCCGAUCCCUUACCAUAGCCCUUACUUUAGGUAAAAAUAAAAAUAAAUUAAUAAAUUCAAACGUAAUAUUAAGAGCCAUGUUAACAUGGGAAAAAAAUUUUGAUUGGAGGUUUUAGCUGAUUGGAGUCCAUCGCUGCCCGUGGUGCUGGGUAUCCAUGAUGGGUUUCCCUCCCGUUUUGCCUGUAAAAAAAAAUAAAAAAAUCUCACAAUUCAUGAUUUAGCAACUGAUAAGGCUACAUGUUACAUGUGGGACGCAAUCAUCGGUGCUCGUCAAAUCGCGUCGUGUCUGUGGCAUUUUCUUCAGAAUUUGCCUUCAGAAGUUAAACAGGGUCACAUUUUAUUCAGAUACAUGUGGAGGUCCCAACAAAAACAAUACGGUUGCUAUAAUGUUCAUGUACUUAUUUCAUGUGCAUCCAGCGCUAGAAACUAUUAAUUACAAGUUCCUUAUCAGCGGACAUAGCCAUAUGGAGUGUGACUCGGAUCAUGCUCAUAAUCAUAUCAUGAUCAUAAUCAGUUCCCAAUUCAACACUGUUUUUAGCAACUUGGGAACGGCCCUCUUAUGUUUGUCCUGGCAAUUAGAAGAUAUAACAAAUUCUGUUCUCUUUAGCAAAUUAAAUACGAGUAUUAAACAUUCGUCUAUUCUAAUACCAACUCAAUUGCAUCAAGAACAUGUCGAAAAUCAUCAAUAUUUAUCGAACGACUUAGAACUAGCCAUGAGUCUCGAACUAGUUUGUAAGGCCUAUAACACCUUGCCAACUUUAUGUACGAUCAAAUUCAUCCACGGAGUUAUAUAUGUAUGUCCAUAUCAAUUGACUGUAAAAACUUAGAAAUAAGAGAUUAUACUAUAUCAGGCACGGGAAUUGUAACUAUUCAGACCACAUAUAAGGGCUUCUGCCAGGAUACUCAAUUAUUCCCUGAUUCUAACGUCCUUAACAUAAGCUAUACUAUUAUUAAGCUAGAUUUGUAUAUACUAAACGAUUCUUGUUGUAAUUUCGCUAUUAAAAGAAGCUGAGAAUAACCCCGCAUUAAACUAAACAGACUCGACCUUAACUUACUUUUUUUUUACUGUCCUUGUAGGCAGACGAGCAUAAGGCCCACCAUGGUGAGAGUAGUUACCGUCGCCUAUGGACUUCAGCAAUGCCAUGGGCAGAGCCAAGCCGCUGCCUACUGUAACUUAACUGUAACUUAUUGGUAAACAAUUUAUUUUCAAAGAUUCCAAUUUAGUCCCAGAAUUAGAUAAAUAAUCGAACGCCCUAAUCACUUCACAAAAUAUGGCGUACAUUAUUCCUCCUGCAUACGUUUAACACCGUUUAAACAACGUGAGCGUAAUCCGUCUUCAAAUCUUCGUGCUUAUAAUCGUUUUUAUAAUUCGUCUUCUUAAUAAUCGUCGUUUAUUCGUCAUCGUCGUAUUUUCGUCUUAUCUCCUUGCAGCGUCUUUCGUUAAAAUUUUGAAAUUUUUAUGGCGUCCAUCCCGCACGAAUAUUUGUCUUUUAUCCCGGAGGGAUAUUUGUUUUUUUUAUUCCGGACGAAUAUUUAUUUUUAAAUGUAGAAUAGGGAUCGCAGCGCAUAAAAUAAAUCAUCCACUGUUGCAAAACCUUCUGUUAUAAUAAUAAUUAAUAAAUAACACUUUUAUUACGUCUUGCUCAUUUUUCAACGGCCUUCGUCAUCUCCCUUUUUUCUGUCUGUCAUUCUCUUUUCCCUUUCCUUCCGUUUUCUUUCACUCACAUUAUAGCGCUCCGUUCCAUACCUACCGUUCUUACCAAUCCUACAUUAUCUAACAGAAUAUAUUAUAUAUUUAUUAUAUUUACUUUUAGGUAUCAGUGGAGGCUAUCCUUUGUCAAGAAUGUUAUGCAAUAAUAGAAAGAGCAUCUCUAAACUUGUCAAGGGAUCAACAGUUGAACGAGCUAAUGGACAUAUGGUCUUCCAUGUUGAGAGCCAAGACACACAAAGUAUCAAUUGAUAGCCCUGAAGGAAAUCUCAUUAUGUCGUGCAUACCUAUUCAGCAGGCAUAAUACACUUGCUGCAUUGAAAUAGUUCUCGGAUUGUACACAAAAAACUCAUGAAAGUUGGUCAUUUGUAUUUGUCCUUUAUUCCACAUACCACAAUUGUUUUACACCCUCCUUAGGUAUAUAAAUGUUAUUCUACCAAAACCUUUAUAAUGUAUGGGUUUAAGCUUUUUUUUAAAUGUUUUUAGGUACACAGACUUCAAUGGACUAAUGCCUAUAAAAGUGUUAGGAGACAGAAUCAGUAUGAUCAGAAAAGGCAGCAGCAGAUUGUUCAUAAAGAAGUUAUAGCAGCACAAGAGAAUAUGGAUGUUCCUACGUCAAGACAUGAAGUGGACAGUUUCACAAUACCUACACCACCACCACAACCCAUUGAGCAAUUGCAUCAGGAUAUAAUCUCAUGUAUUUAUAAAAGAGUUGCUGCAUCAUCACGGCAUUGUAUUUUUGGUGAUUGUAGGAAUACAGAACGUUUGUUGGUACCGUCUGUUAUAAAGGAAUAAUGUUAUUGUUAAAGCAUAAAUUGUAUGAACCAGCUAGUGCCCGAAUAUGCAGUCAUCAUCUCAAUAUUGGUCCUUGGGAUGAAUUACAGUUUCAUUAUAAUUGUUUUUAAUAUUCAAUCAUUCAUUAUUAUCAGGGAUUUUCCCUGAAAAGUGGAAGGAAGCCCUAAUAGUUCCCAUACAUAAGAACGGGAAAAAAGAUCUAAUAACUAAUUAUCGGCCCAUCUCCAUCCUUUGUACAUUUGCUAAAGUCUUUGAAAGUUUAGUUUAUACUCAUAUUUACAAUCGUGUAAGAAACCAGCUGUCCCCAUUUCAGCAUGGCUUCAUGACGAAGCGGUCCACAAAUACGAAUUUAUUUCAAUACGUAAAUGAUGUUGCGGUCAUCGUUGACAACUCUGGGCAAGUUGACGCAAUAUAUACUGAUUUUUCUAAGGCUUUUGAUAAAGUUAAUCACAGCAUUUUACUAGAAAAACUACAUCAAUUUGGUAUUGAAGUUCCUCUGCUUAGAUGGUGUUCUUCGUAUCUAAACCAACGGCCAUCACAGGUUGUUAUUGACGGGCACAGUUCCAGUCCAUUCAUAGCUUCUUCGGGUGUACCUCAGGGUUCCAUGUUGGGUCCACAAUUUUUUAACAUCUUUAUCAACGAAAUUACAAAUCUUUUUAAAUAUUCUACCUGUUACCUAUUUGCUGACGAUCUUAAAAUAAUGCGUGUUAUAAAUGAUGUGAAUGAUGCUGAACUAUUACAGAGUGAUAUUGAUAAAUUGGUUGAUUGGUGCCAAAUUAAUAAAAUGUAUUUGAAUAUUUCGAAAUGUCUACAUAUAAAAUUUACAUUAAAACGCAAUAUAAUACCAACACAAUAUCAUAUUUCAGGGGAAUGCUUGAGUGAAGUUUCUCAGACUCGUGAUCAAGGGGUGGAGCUUGAUACCAAGCUGAAUUUCACUAAGCACAUUGACAAAAUUAUAGAUGCCGCGAACAAAUCACUGGGUUUUGUACUUAGGAAUGGUAGGGAGUUUAAGAAGGUUUCCACUACGCUAAUGCUUUACAACAGUUAUGUUAGAAGCAAACUUGAUUACUGCAGCACUGUGUGGUGUCCUACAUACAAAACCCAUAUUGACAGGAUUGAGAGAAUUCAAAAAAAGUUACUUCGCCACAUGUCGUACCGUUUUAGGCCGCCUAAUUAUGUUGAAUGUUAUGUUGAUAGGGCUAAAUAUUUUAAAAUGCAAACAUUGAGUGAUCGCCGCGAUAUGUUAGGCUUAUGUUUUUUACAUCAAGUUAUGAGCGGUACUGUCGACUCCCAAUCCAUCCUCAAUAAAUUCUCUUUGAAGGUGCCAUCCAGGUUACCUCGUCGCCCCGUUGCUCUUUUCAGCACCCGCUUUAGCAGAACCAAUCUAGGCAAGCACUCACCUACUCCUCGUCUAACUAACCUUUAUAAUAAUCUAGUCUGAAAAGUUGAAAACCUUGACAUAUUUGGUGAUUCCCUUCCAAUAUUCAAGAACAAAAUUAUAAAAAGUUGUUGUUGAACCUCAGCCUCAGCCUUGGUCUGAGUCCUCGGGUAUUACUGUCCUUGUUGUCUUUCUUUUGUAUUUAUUUUUUAUUAUUAUUAAUAGUAUUGUUAAAUCUCUAUUGAUAUAUUAAUGUAAUGCAUGCUGUGAUUGCCUCUAAUUAGAGUUGCAGUUAUCAAUUGCUCUAUACAUGUCAAUGUUAUUUUAUGUCUUACUGUAAACCCAACCCUGUCGGUAAUCCUUAAAUUAAUAAAUAAAUAAAUAAAUAAAUAAAUAAUGAUUUUACUGGGUACCAAAUGGAUGACAUGAUGUCAAUUAUGGAUAGAGGUACUCGCAGACAGUAUAACUUUUCUAAUAUUAGAGAAAUUAAUCCCCGUCUCUGUCAUUAUUGGUUAUGGAUCAAACCUGAAGAGUUUUAUCAAUUUUUAUCACACAUAUCACAGCUUUCACAGGAAACUGCUUGUUCUAGUGUGGCUUUAAGUAUUAUGCUGGUUAAACUUAGAACCGGUAACAGGGUUAAACUUAGAACCGGUGACAGUAAUGAGCGAUUAUCUACAUUGUUUCAACUUCCUAGAAGCACUUUAGAAAGAUACAUGUCUAAAGCAAGAGAUUGUUUGGGUAAUACAUUCGUACCCUUAUAUUUAGGAUUUGGCCAUUUCAAUACAAGAUGCGGCAGCAAGAAAUAAGAUCAUUCCAGAGGGUUUAUUUGGAAAUCCAGAUAUGCCAGUGCGAUUGUUAUCUGUGAUGGUAUAGUACGCGUCACUUAAAAAGAACGCUGGCGGUCAAGCUGCGCACUAGGCUAUUUAUCGAUGUAUUUGGUGGUAUGAGGGGCGGCGUGGGGCGGGCGGGUCACCUGUCGCAUGCUUGCCGGUGUGUUAUUGGUUCGUCAGUCGACCUCUCCUAUCCGCGCUGGGUUCACGUUACGUUCGUUCUCAAAAUACUAUCGCGCACAAAAGUUUUAAUAACAAAAUGCUUUUACAUAGAAAAAUGAGAAAAAUGAUUUAUGACGUAUAUUGUUUUAUGAAGAGAGAGGCUGAUAAUAAUGCAGUUGAUAAUUUGAAACAAUGCAUGAAACGGACCGCAGAGGCAACAAAAUGUUCCGCGUCUACAGUGAGACGAAUUGUAAAAGGUUCAAAACAUUCAGAAUUUCUUACUAUCUUCCGAACUCCAGGCAAAAAUAAAAGAGUUAAACAAUCACCAAUAAUAGACAUUGACAGCUUUGAUCAGCGUGUUAUAAAAAGAAUCAUCCACAAUUUCCACGUCACUGAAAAAGAAUUACCUACCAUAUCAGUCGUAGUAGUCGACAAUGCAUCGUACCAUAACAAACAACUCGAUGCUGCACCAACGUCCAGUACAAAUAAAGGAGACAUGCAAACCUGGCUCCGUGAAAAAGGAAUUGAAUUUGAAGAAUCCACGAGCCGCAGUUGUACAACGUAUUUAUUGCUUUUCGAAGUAUUCUCCGCGAAAUUUGACACAUUUUUCCAUACGAUGGAACCAAUCAUUGAAGCAACUAUUCCAUUCGGAAGUUGGGGUCUCCAAAAUGGCCGUUUUGUAGGCGUCCACAGCUUCUUCAGGUGAUGAAAAUCUCUGUCCACUCAAUUUAUUUUUUAUUUUAGGGAAAGUAUAGAAAUCAUUAGAGCUUAGGUCGGGGCUGUACGGCGGAUGGUCUAAUAAUUCUAUGUUUUCUUGCUCUAAAAACUCUUUUGUUCUGAGCGCGGUGUGAGAACUCGCAUUGUCGUGAUGGAGGAUGAUGCGGCGGUUGCAGUUCUCUUUACGGAGUUCAGAAAUGACCCGUGGCAAACAAAUGCUAGCAUACCAUUCUGCAUUAACCGUUCUUUGUCCCUCAAGAGGAAUAGUCGUAACAUGGCCGGUUUUGGAGACAAACGUGGCCACCAUUUUUUUUGCAACACUCCGUGAACGAACAAUUUUUGUUGGCUUUAACUCAUUUUCGAACACCCAAACUCGAGACUGGUUUUUUGUUUCGGGUUCGUACGCGUAUAUCCAGGAUUCGUCACCUGAUACAAUGUUGUAUACAGCAUUUGAGGAUCCUGCGUGGAAUCUUUCGAGAGUUCUGACGCACCAAGUAACGCGAGCCGCUUUUUGCUCUUCACAGAGCGAAUGCGGUAUCCAUCGGGAAAACAACUUUUUUACACCUAAUUGUUCAUGCAAGAUUAUUUGUAUUUGACUCAUGCCAAUGUCUAAAGUUGCCUGAAUUUCGCGGUAUGUCACAUGUCGAUCUUCCUCAAUCAGCUUACGCACAGCAUCAACGUUUUCUUUGGUGACUGCAGUUUUUGGACGACCUUGACGGGGAUCAUCACUGAGCUUGACACGUCCACGUUGAAACUCAGCAAACCAGCGAUAAAUUGUGGUUUUGGAUGGGGCUUCAUCACCAAAUGCAGAAAUCAUCCGGUCAACACACUGUUUUUGUGUUAAACCACUUCGAAAGUCAUAAUAAAUCAUCGCUCUUGAAUUUUCUCGAGUCAAUUCCAUUUUCUCAACGACUAAACAAGUUUGACAAAACCUCGUGACAAGACCGAGAAUCUUUUUUUAAAUAAAUAAAUGGUAUUCGAUUUUUAAAACCAAGGAGUUUUCAAUUAAAAAGAUUUUAAUAUGACAGGAACAGUGGAAAUAUUCCAUUCCCGAUACUUUUAGUGCAGCCCUCGUAAUAUGAAUUUAAUUACAGUCAAGAGAGUGCAUCACUAACUAUCGUACAACUGACAUCAAGAGAAAUUAUCAUCUUUAUAACUUUACCUAAAUUUUAACUUUCAUAAACUACUUUAACUUCAAACUUAUGAUAUUUUUCUACGCUCUCCUGUAACAUGUAACUGUAUACAAGAGUACAGAACUACUAAACUGUACAUACCAAUAACCAAUAUACGAAGCCGCGAGCGAAAGAUUACUUCAAAAAUAAAUAAAAAAUACUUCGUAUUUUCGUGCGCGAGUGUAUCCAUGCGCAAACACACUCCCUCCACUUUCUUCCAGCGUUCUUUUUACGUGACGCGCGCUCUACUUGUGUCUAUGUGCAAAGCAGUAGUAAUUAUUUGUACCAAAAACAAACUUAUAGCUUACAUAAAUAUGUCAAAUUAGUAAAACCAUUUUCGUUUGUCUGCUGUGAUGGGUUCAUUUUGCAAUCACUUGGCCCAUUGCCAGCAACUAGAAGCGAUUCGGAUAUUAUGUCCACUGAAUUUUGAAAUGAAACAAGUAUAUUAAGAAAUUAUUUCAGGCCUGGAGAUGUUUCCAUUUUAUAUAGGGGCUUCAGAGGUGUAAUUAGUAAAUUGCACAGCUAUGGCUAUAAAGCGUAUAUACCUCAGUCUCUCUUGGAAGGUGAAAAUCAGUUAACCGCAGAACUGGCAAAUCGAUCAAGAUGUGUUAUAAUGUGUCGCUGGGUGGUUAAAGUUGUAAAUGGGCGGAUAAAAUGCGAUUUUUAAUUAUUUUGUCAAGAAUACUUCAAUCGUGCAUCGUCACACCUUAUGUUAGAUUUUAAUAUUGCAUGUGCACUUUUAAAUAAGUAUCAUGCAUCUAUUAUGGCCGACCUGAUGCUCAAGAGUUCUUGGAAAUAGCUAAAGCUAGAUUACAAAAUUAUUUGGGAGAGUACAUACAAAAUGAAAAUAUUAAUAGAAGGAGAGCGAUUUUCUUAACCAUAGAUGCUGAACAUCCACAUUUGGACACAUUUCCAAGACUGUCAUUACAUGAUCUGGUGACAGUAGCUCUAGGUUCCUAUCAGAUUAAAGAAGUUCGGUCGUAUUAUGGGGAGCAUGUCCGUAGGAAUGGAAAAUGCGAAAUAGAAUUAGCAAACGACAUUGAGGACGACUUGCCAUUGGUACUGGGAACGGACAAGUAUUUAGUAAGGGGAAGAAUUAAGUUACGACAUGUUAGCAUGUAACUCAGUAAGCUGAUAUAUGUGGGAUGCUGUGAGCACGUCAUGACCAUUUUGUGGUUUCUAGACCUGUUGAACCGCCGGUUCCGUUUUUAGACGACAUAUUUUAUGAACAUUAUCAUCAUAUGGACCAAUAAAACUAUUUCAUUCUUAUAUUCAAGCAUUAUUAUUUUCUACUCCCUAUAGGUACCUACCUACGAACCACCUACAUUUAGCAUGACCUACCAUUAUUUCUAAUAUUAUUUACUUGGAAUCAUUCAUUGGUUUCUUGGAACUAUUUUCUGUUGUCGUAUGAGAAUUCAAUCAUAAUCGUUGUAAGGACUGGUUUGUUACAAAACUAACCUCAAAACUGAACAAAAAGUCAAAGAACAACAAAAACCCUACAAAAUAAAUGGAUAAAUUUUAUUUUCUUUGAAAGUCUCUUCUUUGAAAGUCUUUGAAAAUCUCUCUUCUCUUAUAUAAAAUUUAUGCUUAAAAAAAAAAGCGCAACGGUGGUCCAUAGAAGAAUGGACAAUUUCUAAUUAAUCGGUCAACAUGUCGGAAUGAUCGGACACAGAUCACGAGCUUGACCAACAUCUAAAAAGUCUAAAAACCAUGAUGCGGAAACGUGCCAUUACAAUAACGAAAUUAAAAGCAGCCGUUGUCGAAAUCUGCCAUACUUGUAAGGGAGGAGCGCCUGAAAGCUACCUUUGUGAAAUUCGAGCGUGUUAAUAUGGAGAUAAUAGCUAUCGACCCCACCGCUGACGAUAUUGAUAACGCGGAAGCAAAUAAUUUAGAAACUAUGACCGGCAUUAAAAACUUGCCAGAUAUUCAGAUGUCUGGUGUUACCAAAAAGUCAAAACCUUGAACUAAAAUUUUUGGCUGCCAACUUACAAAGAAAAUGGAAAAGGUUAAGAGACUCUUUCAACAGAGACCUUAAAAAACAAAAUUCACAGAGAAACGGUUCAGCAGGUAGUUCAAAGAGAUACUACUACUUUAGUCAAUGAUUAUUUUUAAAGCCAUUGUCUGAAAAUCGCAAUACAACAUCGUCUCUACCAGUACAAAACAAAGACGAUGACAUCGAACAAAUCAGUAAUGAAGACGAUAAUACUACUGAAACGAGUGACUCUGAAGUUUGGAAGAGACCAAAAAAUAUCCAAAGAAAAAAAGAUUAUGCAGAAUAUGGGUUAAUAAAAAAAAUAACAAGUCAUUUGAGCGAUCAAGUAACUGCACAUACUCGUACACAGGAACCUGACAAGUCCUGUGACAGUGAUAUGCAUUUUUUGCUAUCUUACGAUAGAUUUAAGACCAUUCGCGAUGAUUGGAAGUUGAAUGCUCAGAUAGAAAUAUUUAAUGUAAUUCAAAAAUAUCACACACCUACAACUACACGUAAUGAUAGUUACAGUGAAUAUGGACAGGGGUACGAGGGCUGCACUAAAAGUAUCGGGAAUGAUUAAAAUCUUUUUAAUUGAAAACUCCUUGGUUUUAAAAAUCGAAUACCAUUUAUUUAUUUAAAAAAAGAUUCUCGGUCUUGUCACGAGAUUUUGUCAAACUUGUUUAGUCGUUGAGAAAAUGGAAUUGACUCGAAAAAAUUCAAGAGCGAUGAUUUAUUAUGACUUUCGAAUAGGUUUAACACAAAAACAGUGUGUUGACCGGAUGAUUUCUGCAUUUGGUGAUGAAGCCCCAUCCAAAACCACAAUUUAUCGCUGGUUUGCUGAGUUUCAACGUGGACGUGUCAAGCUCAGUGAUGAUUCCCGUCAAGGUCGUCCAAAAACUGUAGUCACCCAAGAAAACGUUGAUGCUGUGCGUAAGCUGAUUGAGGAAGAUCGACAUGUGACAUACCGCGAAAUUCAGGCAACUUUAGACAUUGGCAUGAGUCAAAUACAAAUAAUCUUGACGUAGACAAGAAGUAGUGUUCUUUCUUGGUGUAGUUCACUGCUUCUAUAUUUGUUACCCAUUGCAAUUGUCUGUCCUUUGUUGUUAUUGUCCAAAUUUAGUAUUAACUGGUGUAGAAUGUAGUUUAGAAUUUAGUUUUAAUAUUAUUUUUAGUAAGUAGGUAGGUAGGUAGGUAGAUACUCAAAGAUAUUAUCUUUUUGACAGUUGACAUUAAUAGUUGUUGUUUUUGUAUAAGGCUAUGGAAACCGCCAUACAGCCACUUUGUCUAUAUGUUACGUUUGGUUUUUUCUAUCACAUUAUUCUUACAUUCUAUUAAUGUUUUAACAACUUUUUAAGAUUAAUUUUAUUUUAAUUACCUAUUAGUAUUAUAAUUAGUUAUUUUUAAUGAUUAUGUUUUUUUUUUUUGUUUUUGAUUUAUUUUUAUUUAUUAAUAGUAUUUUUCUUUUUCUACAUCAGUUCGUAAUUUACAAUUGCAUUUCAUGUUGUAUGGGUAACAUUUGUUUCUUUAGUCUUAUCUGUUUUAAUUUUUAAGUUUUCUCUUUGCAUCAGACACCGGCAGGUUGAGUGAAUGUAUUUAUUUUUGUUUAUUAUUUUGUUUAUAUAUAUAUAUAUAUAUAUAUAUAUAUGUCGCAUCCGGGUCAAUAGUUCGGAACAUCAACGAUACACAAACGUCAAAGUGACGUGUACAGAGCCUAGAUUGGAGAGGGUAAACGUUAAUAAAAGAACGUGCACUCUGUAUUCGAUGAUUAUUAUUACGGUACUAUCGGUUGAAUAAGCAACACCAGCCUAGGAACUGUACUGUGUAUAUUGAAAAGUAUUUAGAGUCAAGCUGUAUUGUGAUUUACCUACACUGUGUAAUAAAAAUUAGUAUUUGGAA